ACCAAUCGACGUGCGAUGAGAUCUCUAAGAGUAAUAUCAUUCGUAAUGAUUCUGUUCAUAGUCAAAGCUGACCUCAGAAGACAAUCAACGCUAGAUGUGAUGAGGAAGCUUCAACGAGCACUUCAACAACUAUCCGAAUCUCAAAAUUCAAAUCAUCAACAACUCACCGAAGCCAAGCUAAGAACAUCGAUCGCCCUGCGAAACUUCCAAUACAGCGCGCUGUUCGUCAAGAGCGAAUCUCUCAAAGAGAUGUUCGCAGUGGAGCAGCAGGUGCUUCAGUACGGGCAAACCGUAACCGAGCGUCAACCGUGGUGUUGGGAAAACAAUCUGCCCCUGCUGGAAGGUGCCACAGGGUGGGCUGGGAAUGGGUUCGGCGAGUGUGCCAGCAAACUGAUCAGGCAGCUGAAGGACGUUGUUGGCUGGGCGUAUGGAAAGUUGGAGGGGGGAGGUUAUGAAGUCGUUAGCAAGUAUCGUUUGUUGGAGGUAUUUGAACGGAGGAAUAUAAUUAGUGAUGUAGCAGCAAUCAGCAAAGCCAUAGAUGAAGUGCACUUGUCUGGAAGUGAUUUUAAUUUGGAUUUCGGGGCAAUUAUUGCAGAACUAAGGGAUGAACUCGAUGGAAUGCUACUAUUGUACGACAGUUGCCUCGGGAAUGUCCGCACAGUUUUUGAAGACAGAGUUAACGGAAUGAAACAGUACACAGCGCAGUGUCUUAAGGACCUGUAGAACCUUAAGGAUGUAAUCACUCACAACAAUAGCCUAAUAAAGCAAGAAUGUCUCAAUUUGGUCAAAGGCUUGGCAGAUGCUAAUGGGCAAGUAUUAUGAUGUCACACUCCAAACUCUGUACCGUGGAGGAUUGCAGAAAGGACGAGGACGACCACGUGGGGGGAAAACUCAUUUGGGAUGGAUUUAUAGACACUCAUAAAAUAAGCCGCGUGGUCGUCGGGGCGGCCGUCAACAGUUGUGGUUAGUUUCAUGUAUGUACAACAGGAAUUAGUACACCCCGUCGUGGUCAACGGUGGGAGUUGUUUGCGGCGAAUGCGUCGUUUAAUAGCUUGCUCACGUUGUUGUCACCGACGUUGUUUAAUGUUGGGUGAACA